UAUCAUUCGUAAAUUCACGGGCGAGUCACCGCAGGUGAGUCGGAGUCAGAGAGAUAAACAAGAAGGUACAACUUACAACUGGGGUUAAGGAACCAAAGCUGUCUUUGGAAGGUCAUCUAGCAGGCUCCAGCCCUCUCCCAUCACAAUGACCAACCAAACAGACUCUGUCAAUCCCAGCCACGCUCUGUUUGACCGCUUUCUCCAGGCACAGACGUGUAAAGAGACACAGCAGAACUUCGUCGAGCUCUGUCGCCACCUGGAGGUCGACCCCAGGGACUACAAGUACUUCUACUGUAAACUGAAGGACAAACUCAACUACUGGAAAGCCAAAGAACUCUGGCAGAAGAUCGACAAGAGAGCCGCCCAUCCGGACUAUGAACAGGGCAAGGCAUGUCACCAAAACAAGUGUUUAGUGCUGGGUGCGGGUCCCUGUGGUCUCAGGACAGCGAUUGAGUUGGUCCUACUGGGCGCUCAGGUGGUUGUGCUGGAAAAAAGAACCUCUUUCACGAGAAAUAACGUCCUGCAUCUGUGGCCCUACACCAUUAAAGACCUGCUAAACCUCGGUGCAAAGAAGUUUUAUGGAAGAUUCUGCAGCGGAUCCAUUCAUCACAUAAGUAUCCGUCAGCUGCAGUUGAUUCUGCUGAAGUUGGCCCUGAUUUUGGGGGUCGAAGUGCACACAGGCGUGACCUUUGAAGGUCUGCUUGAACCAUCAGGAACCACAGGAUGGAGGGCAGGGGUGUCUCCUAAGUCUCACGUGGCUGCAGCUUUUCAGUUUGAUGUUUUUAUUUCAGCUGGAGGUGGAAGAUAUGUGCCAGACGGUUUUAAAAUAAAGGAACUCAGGGGAAAGUUAGCCAUCGGUAUCACUGCAAACUUUGUAAACCGCCAUACUAAAGAAGAGGCUCGGGUGCAGGAGAUCAGCGGCGUGGCCCGAAUAUACAACCAGAAAUUCUUUCAAGCACUUCAGUCUGAGAUCGGUGUUGAUCUAGAGAACAUUGUCUACUACAAAGAUGAUACCCACUAUUUUGUGAUGACUGCAAAAAAGACGAGCUUGAUAAAAAAAGGAGUUAUAAAGCAGGACUUCUCUGAUGUCGAGCAGCUGCUGGCGCCUGCAAACAUUAACCAGGAGGCUCUGCAGAAGUACGCAUACGAUGCCGCAGACUUCUCCACAGAUCGCAUGUUGCCGGCAAUGGAGUUUGCGAAGAACCACGCGGGCCGCCCCGACGUGGCCGUGUUUGACUUCACCUCCAUGCACAGGGCAGAGAACGCCUCUCUGGUGAAGGAGAGGAAAGGGAAGAAACUGCUCAUCGGAUUGGUGGGAGACUCUCUGGUAGAGCCAUUUUGGCCUCUUGGCACUGGCAUUGCUCGUGGUUUCCUGGCUGCGUUUGACACGGCGUGGAUGGUCAGGAAUUGGGGACAAGGUUUGCCACCCCUGGAGGUGAUCGCAGAGAGGGAGAGUGUGUAUCAGUUGCUCUCUCAAACCACUCCAGAGAACACCAGCAAGAACCACACUGCCUACAGCAUAGAUCCAUCCACGCGUUACCCGAACGUCAACCUGUCCUCUAUACAACCCAGACAGGUCAAGCGUCUGUAUGAAGUAGAGGAUGAUGAGAGUAAACCGAACAAACAGAGGAAACCCAUGGUGAAAAAUAAACCUAAAAAAGACUCUAUCAGACGUCUGGAGGAACUGCUGUCCUGGUGUCAGAAGAACACGGCGGGGUACGAGCACGUGAAGGUGAAAGAUCUGAGCGAGUCCUGGAGGUCCGGCCUGGCUCUCUGCGCUCUCAUCCACAACUUCAGACCUGAACUCAUUGACAUGUCUCAGCUUGAUGAAUAUAAUAUCACUGCGAACAAUAAGCUGGCCUUUGACAUCAUGGAGAAAGAGUUUGGUAUCGCUCCCAUCAUGCGUGCCACUGAUAUGACCACCUGCGGUAAAAUCGACCAGCUCUCAAUGGUGGUCUACCUCACACAGAUACGCACCGCCCUCACCGAGAAAGAUACACCAGCAGGACGCUGCAACAGCCUCUCGCCCAGAAACACCCUCUCGCUGUCCAGAACCCGCUUGGCCGUCUCCUUCCUCAACACGCUCAAGCGCGACUCCCUUCAGAGACGCAGGGACCGACUGGCAUCGGAGAAAGGACCAAGAAAGCAAAAGAUGAAGGAGAAAGAGGAGGAGAAGAAUGUGAAAGAGGAAAAAUGUGCGACGCCGGUGGCCCCGAUGUCCUCAGCGGAGACGUGUGGCACUGAGCUCUGCUAUUUCUGCAUGAAGCAUCUGUACGUGCUGGAGAGAGGAAGCGCCGAGGGCAAGUUCUUCCAUCGCAGUUGUUUCAGCUGUUAUCAAUGCGGCUCCACCCUGCGGCAGGGCGGAUACACUUUCCUCUCCGACACGGGGAGAUUCUACUGUGAGCAGCACUCAGUGGCUGAGGAAGAGGAGGGUGAUGAAGGUCACAGAGGCGCACAGAAUCAUGUUGAGAAUAGUCAUAAUGAAGACGAUGAUAAGGAAAAGACACAAAAUGGUGAAACUGUAGAGAUGGCAUCCCCUCCUCCACAUGUCUCUGUGAAACGGAAGGGCUCAUAUAAGAUAUCUGUUGACCCUGACUUCGAAGAAUCGAAUGAGUGCCCUACUCCCACAGAGCACUCUCUGUCACCUGACCAUAAGGAAUCUCAUGAACCACACAAACCAGACAGCACAGGCGUUGAGAGCCAACAAAAUAACAGCAGCCAGUCCGUUCCAGUGCCAGCCCCGCGCAGCUCCAGAGCGCCGCCGCUCCCAAAGCCUCGCACUGUCCAUAACGUGGUGCCCGAACCCUCAAAUAUCCCAGAGGAACCUGAGGAAAAUCAUCACUCCAAACCCAAGCCGUCCCUGCGCAAACUUCAGCUGAGCGAAGAGGAAAAAGCUGACCUUCUCAGCCAGGAUUCGGACUCUGAGACGCCCGCCUCGUCUUCUGCCGCCUCCACCUCCUCUUCCUCCAAGCAGCAUGAAGGAGUCGAGGAGGAGGGAUACUGGAGCGGAGGCAUCGCUACGCGGAAGAGCUUGCAGAACCAGCCUAACCGUCGCUGCUUGAGAAGGAAGAGCGAACCUCCGCCCACCUUCCAAUCGCACCACGGAAAGACGCGCUCCAAGUUUUCCCCGUGGAAUCUGUCUUCACCGCGGCUUCAGCAGCGCUUCAGCGUCCUCCGUGUCGUACCUUCAGAACAAACUCAACCAGACCAUUAUGUAUCAGAAGAUGAUAACGAAGAAGGUGUAGACGACGACGAAGAAGAGGACGAGGAGGAUCUUCAAGAAGCAGCACAUUUUUUGGAUUGCAAGGGGGGCGAUUAUGAGAUUUCUGAGUCAGAGAAACGGGACCUGAAGAGGAUGAAAACUCUCGAGCGGAAAGCGAAAAUGAGCGAAAUCCAGCGCUUCCACAAAGCUCAGACGAUUCAGAGACGGCUGGAUGAGAUAGAAGUGACCUUUAAAGAUCUGGAAGAGAAAGGAGUUGAGCUGGAGAGAGUUCUGAGAGGAGAGGCUGUUUCAGGUGACCCUGAAACGAUUGACCAGUGGAUUGAUCUGGUCCAGGAGAAGAACAAUCUACUAUCAGAGGAGUCUGAUCUCAUGGUGGCGUCUCGACAGCUGGAGCUGGAAGACAAACAGAGCAUGUUAGAGAUGGAGCUACGGAGAUACAUGGAAAUGGAUGAAUCUGAGAAGACCCCUGAGCAGCGAGCACAGGAGGAGCGGAUCCUGCAGGAGAUGCUGGACGUGGUGGACAUGAGGGAUUCACUGGUGGCCUUCCUGGAGGAGAAGAGGUUGAAGGAAGUCAAUGACGAACUGUAGUACUGAAGGCAGCCCAGGUGCUCUGGGACUAAAACACAACACAUAUACCCACAUUUACCUCCCUAAGAGAGUAGUUCACCAUUAAGUUCAUCAUUUACUCAUCCUCGUGCUGUUCUAAACCUUCUAUGACUUUCUGCCUUCUGUGGAAAACAAGGAAAAAUUUUGCACGAUCUUUUCUUUUCCAUAAAAUGAAAUUAAAUGGUACUUAAAGGGAUAGUUCACCCAAAAAUGAAAAUUCUGUCAUUAAUUACUCACCAUUUAUUAGUUUGAAACCCAUAAGACUUUCAUUCAUCUUCUGAACACAAAUGAAGAUCUUUUUGGUGAAAUCUGAGAGCGUUCCGUCCCUCCGUUGACCGCUACGCAACUGCGAGAUCGUAAACUAAUCCAUGUGAAUUGAACGGUUGAGUCCACAUUUCUCAAAAGAGAUUAGUUUUACCGGAUUACUUUAUGAUCUGUUUGUAGCGUCAAAGUGGUAGUCGUGUAGCCGUCAAUGGAGGGACGGAAAGCUCUCAGAUUUCGACGAGCUUCAUUUGUGGUUCAAGGAUGAACGAAAGUCUUUUGUGUUUGGAACGACAUGAGAGAGUAAAUGAUGACAGAAUUUAAAUUUUGAGAUCAACUAUCCCUUAAAAUCCAGUUCUAUUUCGUUUUUAAGAGAAAGACAGUCGUUAAAUUUCAGCUUCCAGAUUUUGUAUGUUCAAUGUCAUUGUUGCCAAACAUUAACGCUUCUCAUGUGCCUCGUAACCAGUUUUUGGGUGCUCAAAAUUCCACACAAAGCUACUCAUUUAGACAACAGUAUGGUGCUUUUUUACAUUUUUUUUAGGCUUUUACAGCUUUGUGAACAUCCUGAAUUCACAUCUCGUGUGCUCGACGAAAGAAAGACACCAUACAGGAUUGCACCGACAUGAGGGUGAAUAAAUGAUGCUAGAAUAUUUACUUUUGUGUGAACUGUCUCUAUUGAUUAACAUAUUUUAAAGAAACUUACUGGCUCAAAUGCUGACAUUGCACCACUCUGCUCUUGAAAACCAAAGAGUUAAACACAUCUGCUCACAGUCACUAUGGUCUUGCUCCAAAAUAAAUGUGCUUUCUAACAGAUAUAUAAACUCUUAAGACUGUGCCAAAUGUUGUGAAACUGCACAUCCGUCCCACACUUCACAGCCCGGAUAUGGCCUUUCCCGAGACCAACGGCGGUCACGACACACGACACGGAAUAUAGACUUUGCUGGGUCGGAUGUAUGCGCACACGUGCAAUUAUAUUGCAUCUCGCACUUUUAUAAAAGUCUAUCAAAGUCAUGUAUGUACUAUGUUCUAAAUAUCAAGAGAUAUUAUAUAAAAGUUAUUUACACAUUUAUGGUGUCAUAUUUGGCAAAACCUGAUGCCAAUAUCAUGUCUUAAACAGCACUUGCAUUGUAUUAUUAUUAUGAAUAUAUUAUGGCUUUGCAACAUUAGAAUCAAUAUCACAAUGGGGUUUUGUUCAGUGUGUUUUGUAUUUCUCUUUAAACAUUAUUAUUAUUAUUCAUUGAUUUGAUAUUUUCUGCAUGAUCAUGGUUUUGACUCUCAGGGGAUCAUCUGCCUGGCCCGGUUUCCAUUUAUAUAUUUCUACUUAUGUAUAUUUGUGUAUCAUUAUUUGGAAGUGUUUACACAGUAGAUCAUACUCGUUCAUGAAUUGAUUUUAAUGAGGCACAAAGAAAGUUGAGUGAAAUUUAACAAGUGUGUUUGCUCCUUUGCUGUAUGAAAUUCCCAUGGAGAAUAAUUACUUGGAACAUUUAUGUGUUUGAUAAAUUGGUUUUCUUUUUUUGAGGCUCUGAGAAUAAUUAGUGCCAUUAAUUCUUGUCAAAGAGGAAUUUUGUGGUAGUGUGUUGGGAACAGUGGUGUAAUUUUUGAUGUUUGCUUUUGUUCCCUGUAUUUCUUUUCUUUAAACAUGUUCACAUACACAGCAGUGGUUUAUUUUCUAUGGGGACAGUAAUUCACUCAAUAUGCUAAUAAAAUAUCUAGCACUUUAA